AUGUCUAAGAAGAGACGCUUUCUCGGUAAGCCUCCGCCCAAAACCUCAUCUCUUCCCCCAAGCUCUUCGCACCCUCAUGCGGCGAAGACUUCUCUUCAAUCCCAUGUUUCUUGUGCUAGUGUCUCUGAGCCCAAUCUUAAACCGCCGACCGCUGCUUUACCUCCUCCGAUGCUUUCAGGAUCUAAAGCUAGCUCUGCACCGACAAGUGCCAUUCCGGUUACUGAGCAUCCACACUCAGAUCUGCCUCCUUUGGAUUCUGUAUCCAAAACCCAAUCUCUCGACUUGGCUACUCCUACCCAGGAGGACCAAGUUCAGUCAAAGCCUAAACCCUUUUGGGUUGAUCUGCUCAAGGAUCCUGCGGGAUCUAUGUCCAAGAAAGGAGAGACAUUCAUCCUCGAAUCUGGAGAAAUGUGCGUCAAAAUCCCUAAUGAAGUUAUCAUCAGAAACAACAAGAGAUGGGAGCCUUUCAUUAUUGGUCAAUUCCAUGGAAACCUUCCCCCAAGGGGUGUGCUUCACGCCAUUUUCAAUGGCAUCUGGAGUAAUCGUCACCGCGACAUCACAAUUUCAAGAUUGGGGCCUCGAACAGUGCUUAUCCGUAUUCCCAAUUCUUCCACUCGGCAGAGAAUCUUAACUCAAGGUAUGUGGCUAAUUGAGGGUCAAACAAUGUUUGUUGCUCCUUGGGAACCAGGUUUGAACCCAGAACUACCGGAGCUUACCGAGGUUCCAGUGUGGCUCGAAUUCAGGGGAGUUCCUCCUCAUUUUUUUUCCGAAGAAGGAUUCGAGCACAUCGCAGGUAUAUUGGGACAACCAAUCCGCUGUCAUCAAGCAACAAUUGAUAUGACAAAUCUUGAGGUAGGGAAGGUCCUUACGGUCAUCAACCCAUCCUCUCCUCUACCAGAAGCUGUAAACGUCCAAUUCUCAUCUGGUCAAAUCCAUAGGGUUACAGUUUCUUGUCCUUGGCUUCCGCCAAUUUGCAAACACUGUCAGGAAAUGGGACACAGUAUUAGACGAUGCCCAACUGCUCCCAUUACUUGCUCAUCCUGUAAUUCUUCUGGACAUACUCUCGAGACUUGUCCAAAGUUGAGGAAGGGUAAAACCUCGGAUACUAAAGAGAUGGAGCCUUCAGUCUCUAAGAAGGAUAAAAGAGACAAACUCAAGACAAAAUGGGUGGCAAAGCAGUCACUACCGAAGUCCGACUCUUCUGAAGAUCUAAGCAAAGCUAAAAGGCUCAAGAAAAAGAAACCGAUCCCCCCACACUCAUUGGUCCAGGUCGAAUUAGACUCGCCCUCUAGAGCAGCAACAACAGGCCCCUCAAGCUCCAAGAAGAAACAAAAACCAAAUAAGAAAAUUCAGGAGAAGAGCUCCUCAUCAGAACAGGAUUCCUCAUCAGAUUCAUCCUCAAUAAUGAGCUCAGCUAGCGAGGCCGAGAGAAGUGAAGAGGACGAAACACCUUACUCUCUGCGAAGAAGCCUAAGGAAGUGGCUCCGGCUUAAUAAGCCUGCUUUUGGUAGUAUAAUAGAGACUCGAGUAAAGUUUCGAAAGUCUCAGAAAUAUUUUCAUUCAGUCUUUCCGGACUGGAAUUUUGAAGGGAACUACGAAUUUGAGGAACUGGGAAGGAUUUGGGUCGUGUGGGACAAGAGAGUUAGGCUGCAUAUUCACUCCAAGUCAGGCCAGAUGAUUACUUGUAUUGUGCGUAUGCCUAACUCCCCUAAAGAGGUAGUAUACUCAUUCAUUUAUGCUGUCAACUGCAAAUAUGGGAGGCAACAACUAUGGGAUGAGAUCGAGGAGCUAGCAAAGGAUCCUAUCAUCAGUCUGAAGCCGUGGGUUGCAAUGGGCGACUUCAAUCAAACCUUGAACCCUAGUGAGAGUUCUAUUGGCAGCACAAAGGUUACAAAAGGAAUGCUGGAAUUCAGGAGUUGCUUACUAAAUGCAGGGCUCUUUGACUUGACUACUAGAGGAAAUUCUUUAACUUGGUGGAAUAAGCGUGAGGCCAAUCCUAUAGUGAAGAAAUUGGACCGUAUCUUGGUAAAUGAUAAUUGGCAGUUGGAAUUCCCUCUUUCUUACGCUUAUUUUGGGGAGCCUGAAAUGUCUGACUACUGUCCUAGCUGCCUAAAGUUAGGAGUCCCUCAUAGAUCUAAAAAGCCCUUUAUGGUCUCUCAUUUCCUCUUCCAGCAUAAAGACUUCAUCCCUCGAGUAUCUGAGUUCUGGAACAGCACUACAAUUGAGGGAACAGCAAUGUUCCGAUUUUCCAAGAAGCUCAAGCUUUUAAAAAGAGUCAUCAAGGACCUCAACAAACAGUUCUAUUCUGACCUUGAGAAUCGGGUUAAGGAAUCUCAAGCAGAUCUAGCAUUUCAUCAGGCGAGAUUCCUUGCAAAUCCCUCCCCUCAGUUGGCAACGCUAGAGAGGCAAGCUCAACAGAAAUGGUUCGAGUUGGCUUUGGCUGAAGAGAAGUUCCUUAUGCAAAGAUCUCGCAUAAAGUGGGUUGAAAGUGGUGACUGCAACUCUGCAUACUUCCACAGGAUGAUAAACAGCAGGAUGGGCAUGAAUCAAAUUCAUUAUCUUGUAGAUGACUCAGGCCAAAGACUCGAAGAGAUUCCAGAGAUCCAAAACCACUGUGUUAAUUUUUUUACCAAAAUGCUGGGUACUUCCUCUAAAUCUAUCUCGGAGGAGGAUAAAGAGUUGAUUAGAUCUCUCUCGAGAUAA